AUGUCUCUGAAACUGCCUCGGAACUGGGACUUCAGCACCUUCAAGGCUGAGACGGCUCGCAUAGCGCGGUCCAGGAGUGUGAUACCUGGAGAGGGAGGCCCCAGCCCGGGGUCGCCACGCUCCCCCAGGGCCAUGGAGAGGCCGCUGAAGGCCGGCUGGCUCAAGAAGCAGCAGAGAUCUUUAGUGAAGAACUGGCAGCAGCGGUACUUUGUGCUGAGAGGAAGCACUCUGACCUACAGCAAAGAUGACAAGGAGACCACAGUCCAGGGAGUGAUCCAGCUCCGGUUCAGUAAAGUUAAUGAACUACCUCAGAACUCAGACGACCCGGGGAAGUUCCUCUUCGAAAUCAUUCCACGUACGACUGGAGACAGAGAGCGAUGUCCGUAUGUGUUCAUGGCAAACUCCCAGAGUGACAUGGAGGAGUGGGUCCGCACUGUGCGCAGGGUCAUUGGAGUACCAACAAGUGGAGUGUUUGGAAAGAGUCUCAUGGACAUAGUAACGUACGAGCAGAGGUUUGGGCCUCACAUGGUGCCGAUCCUGGUGCAGAAGUGUGUGGAGUUCAUCAAAGAGCACGGUCUGAACGAGGAGGGCAUCUUCCGUCUGCCAGGUCAGGACAACGCUGUGAAACAGUUCAGAGACGCCUUUGAUGCAGGAGAGCGACCCUCCUUCCCCAGUGACACAGACGUCCACACGGUGGCGUCGCUGCUCAAACUGUACCUGCGCGAGCUUCCUGAACCCGUGGUGCCGUGGACUCAGUACCAAGACUUCCUGGACUGCACCAACCUGCUGGACGGCAGCACCACGGAGGGUCGGGAACAGAUGGAGAAACAAAUCUCUCUUCUGCCCAAAUACAACUACAACCUUCUCAGUUAUGUCUGCCGGUUUUUGUUUGAGGUGCAGCUUCACUCCAAGGUGAAUAAGAUGAACGUGGAGAACUUGGCUACAGUGAUGGGGAUCAACCUGCUCAAACCUCAGAUUGAAGACCCCAUCACUGUGAUGAAGGCGACUCCUCAGAUCCAGAAGCUGAUGACAGUGAUGAUCAGACAGCAUGAGGCUCUGUUUCCUCUCUCCAAAGACGUGCUCCCCUCCCCUCCUUCAAACAAGGCUGAGAGCCAGAAGAACACACCCCGAAGCUUUGUGGGCUGGGAGUCUGCGGAGAUGGCCGACGCUUCUCUGUCCGAGUCUCCAGAAGAGGAGGAGGACAACGACAGUCCAGGUCCAGUCAGAGGAAACUGCAGCCCCGUCAACCUGCUGCAGGAGCGCCACUCGCCUUCCCCCCGCAAGCGCACUCAGACCCUGCCCGCCUUCAACUGCCCCCUCACCGGGAUGGCAGCCAAGGCCGACGCCCUGAACCGGUGGAGUCACAUCCAGGAGAGCGUGGAGGAGAAGAGCGGGACGUUGUCGGAGGACAUUUUUAAGAUCCUGGACCUCCGGAGUUCAGGUUCACUGUUCAGGGCGGAUCAGAUGGGUAACAAGGAGGGGGGGGAGAGGUUAACGGCCCAAAGAGGAAGUGACAACACAAGUUCUUCUUCUGCUGCCUCACAAAAACCUGACCGCGACCCCCAGCCGUCCUGGGUGCUGUCUCACCAGAGGAGUGCAGGGAAGCUGGCAGUGAGCAGGUCGGUACAGCCGGGCCACAGCGGGCCGGAGCAGCAGCUGGUAGACAGCCUGCAGCAGGAGAACAAGGAGCUGAAGGCCACAAUGGCAGAGCUCCAGGCUGCCCAGGAGGCAGAUCGCCGCCAUGUGUCCGCUCUGGAGAUCUGCCUGAGAAACGCAGAACGAAACCGAGACGAGGCCCAGAAACGCAACGAGGAGCUGCAAAGAGACAUUCAGCGGUUACUCGCCAAAAAGCCGCAAGAUCCCACCUAACAGUCAUUUUCAGACUCGCUAGCGUUUGGAUUUAUGACUCUGCCAGCUUCAACAGAAUUGUACAUGAACUGGUUACUGUGGGAUGACACCGGAUGCAUUUGAGCUCAGUUUGGUCCUCAAGAUAAAUGAUCUUAAAUAAAUCUUGUUUACUAUCCCAACACAUAAUAAUAAUAAUAAUAAUAAUAAUAAUAAUAAUAAUAAUAAUAAUAAUAACUUUAUUUGUAUAGCACCUUUCAUACAAGAAUUGCAGCCCAAAGUGCUUCACAGCAAAAAC